UCAGCUGCUGCUGCUGCAGCCUUUCAAGAGGGACAAAGAAAUUGUUUCCAGGGCAACUGGAGGUUCUUGGCAGCGGGCACCUGCUCACCCUGCACCCGGCGGCUCCUGACAUGGCUGUCCCCAAGCCCGUGGCUCAGUGCUCCAUACACACACUGUCCCCAUACCCACACUGAACCCAUACCUACGCUGACCCCGUACCCACACUGUCCCUUCACCUCCAUUGUCCCCAGGGCUGGUGGCACUUGGGGUGCGUGGCAGGGACACCAGUGGGACCAAUGUGGUGGACACCUGACGGUGGGCUGUGACCAUGCCGUGUUCCCACGGGUCCCAUCCCAUCCCCGUCCCCUUGCAGGGGAGUCGGUGGAGGGGGUGAGUGCCCAGGAUGUGCUGCUGAUCCACUCGUGCCGCCAAUGGACGACGGUGACAGCCCACAGCCUGGAGGAGGGCCACUACGUCAUCGGCCCCAAAAUCGACAUCCCACUGCAGUACCCAGGGAAGUUCAAGCUGCUGGACCAGGACCGGGACAUCCGUGAGCCCGUGCAAUAUUUCAAUAGUGUGGAGGAGGUGGCCAGCAUCUUCCCAGACCGCGUCUUCGUUAUGGAGGCCAUCACAUUCAGCGUGAAGGUGGUGUCAGGAGAGUUCAGCGAGGACAGCGAGGUGUACAACUUCACAUUGCAUGCUGGGGAUGAGCUGACGCUGAUGGGGCAGGCGGAGAUCCUGUGCGCCAAGACGGUGAAGGAGAAGUCGCGCCUCAACACCCUUCUGCGGAAGCUGGGCAAGGCAGCGCCGGCGGCGGGGGCCAGGCAGGUGAAGGGCAAAAUGCCGUGCCUGAUCUGCAUGAACCACCGCACCAACGAGAGCCUCAGCCUCCCCUUCCAGUGCAAGGGCCGCUUCAGCACCCGCAGCCCGCUGGAGCUGCGCCUGCAGGAGGGCGAGCACACCAUCCGCAGCAUCAUCGAGAAGGUCCGGCUGCCCGUCAACGUGGCCGUGCCCAGCCGCCCGGCGCGCAACCCUUACGACCUGCACGCCAUCCGCGAGGGACACUGCUACAAGCUGGUGGGCAUCAUCUCCAAGACGGUGGUGCUGUGCUGCAUCCUCCGGCGCGAGCGCCUCGUGCCCUUCCACUUCUUGCUGCUGGCCGACAUGCCGCGCUUCCAGCUGCCCGAGGGGCUGCUCGGCGGGGACCCGCAGCUGGAGAAGCUGCUGCGGGACAGCGCGGCGUAUUGCCACGAGCGCUUCAACCCCGAUGAGUACUCGCGGGCCGUGCGGGAGGCCAAGCCGGAUUUUUCGGAGGAAUGCGCCAGCCCCCGGCGCCUGCGGCUCUGCUUGCCGAGCUGCGGCCGCGAGGAGCUCAGCCAACCCCUGCAGAGGCUCUCGCUCUGCUUCUACGGUGGGGGGUUGCCCCGCGCACCCCCGGAUUCAGCCACCCGCUGCCAGGACCCCCCUGAUUUUACCGAGCCUGACAGGGAGUACGUGACACCCGACUGGGCUGAGCCCGAAUUCAGGACUCAGGAGCCACUGGAGAUCCCCUACGAAGAGCUCUGGAGCAACCAGGGUUUUGAGAGCUGCUCUUCCUCACAGCCCAGCACUGCGGGGCGGCCGGACCUCAUCGCCUUUGGGGCCACGUCCCCGCUGGGCUCCCCGCGACGCGCCAGGGAUGAGCCACUGGGGGACGCACCACCCCCAGUGCCACCCAAGUCGGAGGCGGUGAAGGAGGAGUGCCGGCUGCUGAAUGCCCCCCCUGUGCCACCUCGGGGAGGCCGCCCCACAGUGCCCCGCAGCCCCCCAGCCCCGCUGCGCUUUCCAAAGCUGGCACCAGCUCCCUCGCCCAGCCCCAGCCUGUCCUACUACUCCUCGGGGCUGCACGAUGGGUCAGCCCCACGGAGCGGCAGCGGCUCGCCCUCACCUGACGCUUACUCCCUCUAUUGCUACCCCUGUGCCUGGGGAGACUGCAAAGCCGGGGAUCCCCCCGGCUGCCCGCUGCCCCCUGCCCCGCCGGCCCCCACCGCCUGGUCCGAUCCUUGGGCCUACACCGAGGCAGGGGCAGGGGGGAACAGCAGCUGCUCCACACCACUGCCAGCGACUGAGCCCCCUCUGAAGCCUUUUCGGAGCUGCCCCCGCCUCAAACCUCCGCACCCCCAAAAACGCUUUGCCCCCUUUGGGGCGCUCAACCCCUUUGCCGGUGCGACCGAGUGGCCCGAGAGCCCCGAGUGGCCCAAACCACCUUCAGCCCCGGCUGCGCCCUCCUCAUCUUCUUCACCAGAGCCCUUUGAGGGGCCGGAGCCAGCAGCCCCCCCGCGCCCACCCAAGGGCUUUGAUGGGGACGGCAUCGUCAUCCGCGGCACGGCCCCGCUCUCUCCUGCCAUGCUGAGAGGCGCUGAGGGCGGUGUCACCCACCUCUACCUGGCACAGGGCGUUAUCGAGGUGCCACCGGGGACGUGGGGUGAAGGGGCCCCGCCGGCUGCCCCAAGACCCAGCGGGGAUGGUUCACCCUGGCUUCCCCCUGCCGACCUCUCGGCCCUGUCGGUGGAGGAGGUCUCCAAGUGCCUACGUUUCAUUGGUCUCUCCGAGGACGUCGUCAGCUUCUUCGCACGGGAGCGCAUUGAUGGCAGCAUCUUCGUGCAGCUCAGCGAAGAGAUCCUGGCUGAUGAUUUUCGCCUUACCAAGCUCCAGGUGAAGAAAAUCAUGCAGUUCAUCAAGGGCUGGCGCCCCAAAAUCUAGCCUGAUGAUGGGGUACUCAUGGGCACCCCAACCAGCAGUGCCUCUCCCCGCUUUCAUCUGUGGGGUUUCCUCCUUCCUGAGCCUCUCCCUUUCCUGUUGUAACACUGGACAGUUCAUUUUGGCCUGAAAGGGCUGGAAAAUACUGGAGUUUGCAUUGACUGGUUUAACUUAAUCCUUGUGGAUUAGUGUAAUAAAACAUACGGGAGAAAACAAGCUGCUGGAAGAGCCCUUUGCAUGGGGUGGAGGGGGACAGGGACCCUCAGUGCAGAGGAUGGGAGGGUGGCACAGCACACCUCAUACUGUCCCUGUGUCCCCAGGGCAAGGGGAAGCAGCAGGGAGCUCUCCUAGGGGCUGCCACCUCCCCGGCCUCACGGCAGAAGUCAUGUCUCAACUCAGCUCUGCAGUGCUGGCUUUCAGCAGUGCACAAACCCAGCGUGGAAAGAGCAGUGAGCCCCCAGCUUGGGCUGGGAGACAGACCUGGCACCACAGCGAAGUGGAGGCCGGCAGGGCUCUGAAAUCAGUGACAGGUGCAGAGAUUUAAAGCCUUUUAGUUUAAAUUGAGCUCUCCCCACGGGGGACCCUUCUGGCCUUUGGCUGCUUGAUUUGCAAUUACAGGCGGGUCCAUCUGCCAAGAUAACACUGGCGGCAGCGCUCGGGGCCAGACAAAAGAGCCGGAGGCUCCUCGCAGCCACUGAUGGAUGGCGGAGGUGACAGAGCAGGGCUUUGUUCUGCACUGCCGGCCUUUU